AUGGUCUCCGAGGAGUCCUGGAGUUAUGUACCUCAGAUGGUGUCUUUGCUCACAAAGUCUUUAGCGAUCAUCCUCUUUCUGUAUGGUGGCUAUGGCUACAACGCCAUCUUCCUGAGUAGGAUACUCAUUGCAGCUGGGCGAGAUCAUUUAGUGACGCCAUACGCCAUCAUGUUCAACACCUUUUACAUCUUGGGUUUGCUUAGCUACAUCGCGGGCUGUUUCACUGACCCUGGCGGCAUUCCGGAUCGGUGGACGAGCUUCGUGAAGAAAUACGAUAGAUACCUUCCUGUGGCCAAUCCUCGCCAAGAGUGGCAACCGGGGAAGGCCACCUAUUGCAAGAAGUGUGACAUUAUUCGCCCGGAACGUGCGCAUCAUUGCCAUUUCUGCCGCAAGUGCGUCUUGAGGAUGGAUCAUCACUGUCCGUGGAUGAACAACUGUGUUGGCGUUUUUAACCACAAGUACUUUGCACUACUGGGUAUUUAUGCUGGCCUGGCAAGCUUGAUUGCCCUGGUCACCACCCUUCCAGAUAUGUUGCAAUGUGUCUCCUCGGUUGUCAGCAUGGAUUCGCAAGUGACCUUGAGUCCCAGCUUUAGUCGUCAUACAGGCUACAUCUCAGCCGGUGGCAAGGUCCUUGACGCCACGAUGACAGUGGAGCAGGCCAAGCAAAAAUGCUCCGAGUUGCUUGGGAAGGCCGGCCAAGAUUGGGGGCUGUUGGCCUGGCCUGGGUGGGAAGUGCUGAUUGACCGUGCGAAGAGCAGCUUGCUGCACUGCGAAUGCCCUUGGGGCGGAGAGUUGCUGAAAAUCCGCGUCGACGCCCAUGUGGAGAAUGUCCUUGAGAACCCGUCUCACUUGUUGGUUCGCCCGGAAGUGCGAGCGUUGUACGGCAAUGGCUCUGUGUCGAAGUUCGAAGAUUUGCAGAUGUUGAUCCACCAGGCGCCGGGCGAGGCUUUCAUCGAACAGCUUCACUCCUGGGGGCUGGGAUCCUUCUGCAGCAGCUUUCUAGAAGCCUCGGAUGAGACCUGCAGUGAAGAGUGGUUCAGCACUCGAAAGAGCAGCUGGCAGCGGCUUUCGCGCGAUUUCCCCGAAGAAGGCGACUCCUCCCUGUGCGUCCAGGGCGACUCCCUGGGGCUGCUCCUCUGCCGCCCCAAGGGAGGCAGUCGCUACGAGAUCAACGGCAUUUUUCACGUCACGGAGGAGCAGUUCAAGCAGUGGGACUCAAUCUAUUUGCGACUUCUCUUCGAAUCCGCUUCACGCACCGCAAGGUGGUUUGUCAAUCGUCCUGGCAUCUCUGAUUUGCGAUCCAUCGACCGGAGUUUCUACACCACUCUGAGCGUGCAAUCCUGUCGUCGGGGACUUCCCUUGCUGCCCUGCCCAUCUGGAGAAGUGGAAGAUGAGGUGGUGACCAUCGCCGACGGCCAGCCGUUGGGCCUGGAUCGCUGGCUGCGCUUUGACGCGGAACGCUACGGCAGUGAGCGGUUCUACCUCUCGCAGUACAUCAAACUUUUCUUGGCAAAUCUGAAUGUCCACAGCAACUUUCCUACUUACAACUCCUUGGAUGGAAACCAACUCGUCUCCUUUCAGUGCGUGGUGCGGCGCGAUGAAUGGAACGCGGUGAAGGAUGCCUUCCACAAAGCCUUCCUGAUGCAGAAGAAGGCCUACCGCCGCGCCAACGGCGGCAACUCGGCGCCGACUCUCUCGGAGAAUGUGCAGCCGCGGCCGCUGCGCCAGCGUGGCGAGCGCCGCGAGGGCGGCACGGCCUCGUUGCGGUUGCCAGAGGAACCGACUCAACACAAGGUGGUCGUGCGCAGAACCUUCUUGGACGUGGACGAUCCCAGUUCGCCUGAAGCUUUUGGCGUCACCGAGCGCUCCAGUCGAAGAUCGAAAACAACAAGCAUUCUGCAAGUCAGGGCCUCUGGUGCUUAA